AUGAAGACCAGCUUCCUCCUCCUCGCCGGCGUCGCCGCCUUCGUCACCGCUGGCGCCGUCGUGGACCCCGACAACACGGCAAACGAUGCCCCCGAGGCCGCCGGGGCCCAGCAAGGGCACCACCACCGCCACGACAACGAAGACGACAACGCCGCCGCCUCGGCCGGGGAGACCGUCACCCUCCGCCGCCGCGACUGCGACAUCGCAUGCCCCGUCGCUCGCCGCUAUUGCUACUACGCCCCCUACAACUACAAGUGCGACGGCAUCGGCCGGUUCACCUGGAGCAAGCGCGACACCAACUGCGAGGGGACCUCGGGCUGCUGGUGCUUCUGCGACUGGCGCCCGAGGUCGGGAGGAAGCGUCAAGAUCGUGCGGGGUUCGGGGGUUUCCGAGGACCUGGACUAG